AUGGAAAGUGCUGACAUUAAGGCUGCUGAGGAGUUCGUAAAGAGCUUUGAGGCUAUUGUUACCCAAGAAGGCUACAUACCGCAACAGGUAUUCGACUGCGAUGAAACGUUUUUUUUUUUUAAGAAAAUCCCUAGAACCUACAUCACCGUAGAAGAGAAGAGGCUGCCUGGCAUGAAACCCGUGAAGGAUAGGCUUACAUUAACCCUGUGCGCUAACGCUAGUGGUGACUGUAAAGUCAAACCAUUGUUGGUGUAUCAUUCUGAGAACCCCAGGGCCUUUAAAGCACAUAAGGUGUUAAAAGAGAAACUCCAGGUCAUGUGGUGUGCCAAUAGUAAGGCAUGGGUAACUCGCCAAUUCUUUGUAAAAUGGGUGAACCUUGUGUUUGGUCCAGCUGUCAAGAAGUACCUUACGGAGAAUAAUCUCCCAUUGAAGUGUCUUCUGCUUUUGGACAAUGCUUCUGGUCAUCCUCCAGGCCUUGAGGAUGAUAUCUUGGAUAAAUUUAGUUUCAUCAAAAUUCUCUUUCUGCAUCCAAACAUGACGUCUAUCCUCCAGCAAGUUAUUUCCAACUUCAAGAAGUUGUACACAAAACACCUUUUUAAACAGUGUUUCGAGGUGACUGAAAAUACAGUAAUCCCCCGCGUAUCCGGAUUAUAG